AUGGCGCCUGGAAUCUACCGCAUUCCGCCCGAGAUCGUCAGAAACAUCGCUGUCGAGUCUGGUUGUCGCGAACUCGCUGCUCUCGCUCUGACAGCUCGUAUUUUCAAUGUCUGGUUCAAUCCACAUCUCUACAAACACAACAUCAAUCAUCAAAAUGCCAAUGCCGCAAUUUGGGCUGCCAAAACUGGUCGUCUAAAUACUCUCCUUCGGCUCUACGAAACACAGACUGGUUCACGACCAAAUCUCAUCGACGAGCUCUGGAACAGUCGUUAUCAUUGGGAUUCAGACUUUCGCGACAUGCUUUCCGUUGAGAAGGGUGCUUGUGGCGCAGGAACGGCGAUGCAGUUUACACUCCUCCAUCUGGCUGUGCGAAGCGGCCACGAUGACGUGGUAGUAUGGCUCCUACAACAAGGUGCCAAUAUCGAACCUGGUUCAAAGCGGUUUUGUGAAUGCGAUCGGACCUUCAUGCAAGUACCUGGUUGGACACCGCUCCACAUCGCAAUAUGCUAUUCUCAGGAAAAAAUAGCCAAGAUUCUUUUGUCUCACGGUGCCUCUGUUCAAACAAACAAACGCCUGGAAAUUCAAGCUCUUCACAUUGCCGCUAGGAGAGGGCUGACCUCGACAAUUCUCUAUCUAUCGACACUCUUGGACUUCAAUCCAAACGUUAGAGACUCCAAAAAAGAGACUCCGCUUCACUAUGCCACUAAGGAGCCGAGCGGUUUUGCUGCUAUCAAGACACUUCUCGAUGUCGGGGCGGACCCCGAUGGUGCAGAUGGCGAUGAGCCUCUUUGGACGCCUUUGUAUGGUGCCAUAGUCGUUGGCAAUUUUGAGGCCGCCAUCACCCUCUUGAAUUCUGGGGCAAAACCGUGGGUUCAUAGAGAGAAAGUGGCUCGAGUUAAGCGAGAUCGUCAGAAUUGGAGAAAUGUACCUCCUCUGCUGCCAUUGCCUCUGCUACACGUUGCUUUGCGUACGAAAGAGAACUUUUCCUCUGGCGCCGGGGAAAGAUACGACGUGUGUCGACGCAAGAUCGUACGGAUGCUUCUGGACCACGGUAUCGACAUCAACGAGAGGCUUUCUGGGACUCAUGCAAGACACCUACGUGAGACUGAGGGCAUGACUACUCUGAUGAUGGCCAUAAAGUAUUCGGAUCCAAUUACGGUACGACUUCUACUUGAAAGGGGGGCCAAGGUCAAUUUGCGAGACAGUCAUGGAGAGUCCGCGUUCCAAUACGCACUUUGUCAAAGUCCAAAUUCAGGCAACUCUGGGAAUUUGAGAGAAGACAAGAUUCAAGCACUAUUGGAACACGGUGUCGAACUGCUUGACGACACCCCCAGCUUGCUAUCAGUCGUAUUGGAAAUCAUCCCAAGCCCAGAUACCUUGGUGCGGGUUUUGAUUGACAACAUGGGUCCUGAGAAUCUGACCACACCGGGCGGCGCUUCUAGAGCCUUGGAGCUUUGCUGCAGAUACAAGAAAUACGGACUAUACCACGCCAUCAGAAAGAACAGUCAUGUCGAGAUGACGGAAGAUAACAUUCGGAGUGUUUUGAAACAAGUAAGCCGAAGCAAUCGCGCCUCCGUGGUUGCGUUUCUACGCCGCACGCAUCCUAAACUCCCUUUAGGGAGCAUCCUAGACAGCAUGAGCUUCGAUGUGGAGACUUCCCGGUUGAAAAUUCUGCCAAUCUGA